GAUACCGGAUAUUCUUGGAUUGUACUAUCAGCAUGCUGUUGUAUAAAUAUGUUGGCGUUUGGUCUGCUGAAAUCCUAUGGAAUGUUGUUAGUGGAACUAUUGAAGGUCUAUGACGGUGGGGCAGGAACCACUGCCAUGGUGGGGUCGGUGACUUCACUAGUAAUGAGCUUCAUUGGACUAUUCGGAUGUACCUUGGGUGAAAUGACAACGUUCCGAAAGGUGCUCCUUGUCGGCGGGAUAUUUCAGUCCUCUGGGCUUUUCUUCAGCGUAUUUGUCAAUAGAUUACCUGUCAUGUUUCUGACCUACACACUAAUAACAGGGAUGGGAUAUGGACUUUUGAUUUCACCAUGCGCUACUGUCCUGAACUUCUACUUUGAGAAGCGCCGUGCCUUAGCAAGUGGCCUCCUCAACUCUGCAAGUGGUGUGGGAAUGUUUAUAUUUCAAUACCUUUACAGAAGUCUAUUCGAUGAGUAUGGACUGGAGGGUUGCUUACUAAUCAUAAGCGGGAUUGUAUUAAAUAACUGUGUCGCUGGUUCAUUAAUAAGACAACCUCAACAGCUAAAGGGGCCUAACGUAUCUCUAACCAUGACGUCUGAUCGAAUCCCUCCUAUAAACACAUUUACAAAAUUUCUGAGAAAAGUCUUCAAAACUCGUUUUACGUUGUUCCGAAAUCUCUCAUUUGCUCUUGAGUGUGCAUCGCUAGCCUUGGCCCAGAUUGGAUACGCUUCUCAUUUCUUUUUGUAUCCAGCUUUUGUAAAAAGUAGAGGUUUUGAUGACACUUCUGCUGUCCUUGCCAUGGUCAUAUUGAGCUCAGUAGAAGUUAUAUGCAAAAUAAUGAUGGGUGGGCUAGCAGAUUACAUAUCACCCGCCAUCCUACACAGCACUGUUAUGUUUGUCGGCGGAGUAGCAGCGGUUGUUGUAACUUUCACGAAAAAACUAUGGCUUCUUUAUGCGUACGCAGCCAUUACUGGCGCACUUCCGGGAACUUUUUUUGUUUUCAUGCCGCCCAUUCUUGUCAGAAGCUGUGGUUUGAAGAAUUUGGGAGCCUCAUUAAGUACGGCCAUAGUAAUGGGGGCUCUUUUGGUGGCGGUGUGUGUACCCGGCCUUGGAUUGAUGGCUGACUUAACAGCAAACUGGAAUCUCUCGUUUCAAGUCAUUGGGGCAAUAUUUUUUACUUCCGGGUUACUUAUGGUGGCAGCCGAAGCAAAAACAAGCAGGAAAAUUUAGGAACAAUUAAGUCGAACGGAAGGCAAAAAUUAUUAUUUUAGCAAUAAAUUAAGUAUACUUUGCCUCCAAAAAGUGUGUUGUUUUAGAAAGAGAUGCGAAAUACUUUUAAGUGAUCUUCAGCGUUUUAAAGUUGACUGGAAGUAACGAAAUUUGGAAUCUAGACGAUAAAUCAAACAAUAGAAUUACAAUACUAGUUAAAAUAAUUACGUGUAAAUGCAUGCCAAGGAUAUUGAUGCUCAGAACUGAUCUUUUACCGUCAGCUGUGACCAUAUAGCCAAAGUGGAACACCAACUAGGAAUGAAGAGACCAGCGAAAAAGUCAUUCCGGUGAUAAACUAAGCUUUAAAUAAAAAUAUACAUAGGCAUUGGCUGUGUCUCCUUCGCAGGAAUCUCUUUGGCCGGAGUCAGCCGACUCGUUGUCCCUGUCGGGAACUCUGAGAACAUAGUUUUGAUUUGGCGUAAUUUUGACUAGCUUUUCCGAGCUUGCUGGAGACACCCCCCCCCCCCCCCGAGAAGUUGCGAUUGCACAAUGGUGUCAUUUAGCUAGUGAAAAAAGUGACUCCGACCUGACGAGGUCAAGAUAUGCUGAGUAUCAUAUUUUUGUACUUUUGUUCGAGUUUCAAAAAGUUUCUUCAGUAAGAGGAACGACAGCUCUGAGUUGAAAUUGGGACUACAAUACGCAGUAUCAAAGAUCUUUUUGUAGUUCAUUAUGUUAACUGUUCACAUGUUGCUUUGUUCAAUUGUUAAACUUUCAUUGUACUAACAUACCCUAUGUGGGGGCUUUAGUGAAAUAAAAAGUUUCAAAGUUUA